AUGGUGGAAGAGAUCCUGAUAAACCCAAAGGAACUAUCAGAGAUAAAUGUUGGAGAUGUUGUUGAAAUUUACCAUCCAGAGGAGGAGUACAGCCGGCUUCUACUACAGAUUAAUACUCUACCAGAUGACCCACCAAAAGAUAAUAUAGUGAGUAUAGAGCACUCCAUAGCCACAGCCUUCCAGCUGAAGUCAUACCAAAAUGUUAUUGUCAAUAAGGUGGAUAAAAAGCAAGUGUCCCUGGACUUGGUGGAGAUACUGUUUAAAGACCAGUAUUAUAGUAGAAGUGAUAUGCACAGGCUCAGAACUAGUAUGAUUGGAUCCUGUGUUUAUCUCAAUAAGAAGAUUGAGUUUAGUGAGAUGAGGGCUCAAGUGAAUGAAUUGUGGUGUAAAGGUGAGAAAGUCACAUGUGGAGUUGUCUCAGAAGAAACACGGAUUGUGUAUAGAUCUUCAACGGCUGUAGUUCAGAUAUUUAUUCAGAUGAGUUCUGAAAUGUGGGACUUUGAUAUUAAUGGAGACCUAUAUUUUGAGAAAGCUGUCAAUGGAUUUUUAACUGAUUUAUAUGCUAAAUGGAAGGAGCAGAACUGUCUCCAUGAUGUAACCAUAGUGAUGUUUUCAAGAACAUUUUAUGAAGCUUACUCCAGAGAUGAGUUUCCACAAUACAUGCAGGAAUGUUUACAACAAGACUGCAUGGGAAGAUUUUAUGAAGAUUUUUACAGGAUUGUAGUUCAGAAUGAAAGGUAUGAAGAGUGGACAGGAACAAUCAAACAGUUGAGGAAGAUCUUUAAUGAGUAUUCAAAAAUGGUCCUAAACUACCACACACUGCGUGGCUAUAAGGUUCCCAAGGCUUACAAUUCAGUCGCGGCUCAAGGAAACUUCUUGGAGACCCUUAAUAUGAGCCUAAAUUUGUUUGAGAGGUACUACAUGGAUCGUAACUUUGACCGUACUGGGAAGGUUGCAGUAGUGAUCACGCCAGGGGCAGGGGUGUUUGAGGUGGACAGGGAACUUACCAACAUCACGAAACAGAGAACUAUAGACUGUGGUGUGGGAAGUGACCUUGUAUGUAUGGGAGAGCAACCUCUGCAUGCAGCACCACUCUUCAAGUUUCACAGUAAGAAUCAGAAGAUAGCGCUGGAAGUAGGAGAUGAUUAUAACAUCCCACACUGGAUGAACCACAGUUUCUACACAUCGAAAAAUCAAAUUCAGUUUUACUCUAACAAGACUUUUGUACCUCGGAUCAAGAUCCCACCAGAAAUAUUUGACAAGAAGAAACAGAAGGAGACAGUGGUUGAACAAGAUCUCUCCUAUGGAUCAGAGGAUGACAAUUUUCCCUUUGUGGACUAUGAUGAAUAUGAUGCCCAAGUUUUCAAAUUACCAAACAGAAAUAUAUCACUUACCAGUUACAGAAAUGCUAGUAGCAGUCAGAGACACAAGUCUGACAAGUAUGACGUCAGUAAGAAACAACCCCCACAGACAUUCAUGGAGGCCAAACUAUUCCACAUACCACGUACACGUCAUAUCUCUGACGAUGUCUCAUUACUACCUGUAGAGAAGCCUGACUUAAAACUUGGAACCUCUCCAGUUGUGUCAAUACCAUCAAAUUCCAGUAGUGGAGACAAUUUGUCUUCAUCACUUGGAUGUUUCCCGAUACUUGAGAAAAAAUCCACAACUGCUAAUGAUUCAGAAAAUGACACCUACCUUGGUUUGAGACCCAUUGUUGGCAGUGCUGGCUCGCCAGUCGGUCACAGGAACUUUCUUCAUCAUUACAAACGUCACAGGGCUCUAAUAAAUCCAUUUGCACCAUCAAGGAUGCAAUUCAAGAUGACCUCCAAUAGGAGGAGAUGGAUCCAUGCUUUCCCCACAGAUCCCCAUGGAGUGGCUGUCCAGACCCACCAUGUGCACACAUACAGUUACAAUGAUAACAAUGAUCAAGAUGAUGUGGAUUUGUGUGAACUCACUCCAGAAGUCAUACAGGCAGCGGAGAUAGCUGUGAAAGCUAGGAAGGAGCAGGGUACCAGUAGAGCUAGUGAUACACUGUCUGAUUCCAACACACUGGAUGACUUGGUCAGUGUUUCAGGUGUCUCGCCAUUGAGAACAGGUGUUUCACCAUUAAGGAAAGGAUUGACACAUGAUUAUAGUCGCGGUUCAAUUUACAGUCAGAGGGAUUACAGAGGACAGAGGUCAUUCAUGUGGGGCCCUACAGGGGAACAGGAAUGGACAUCUGAAUUAACCACAGGACAAGAUUGGAGACCUCUGGAUGAUGCGGAAAUCAAUCAGGCAGAAUCAAGGCUAAUUAAGCCUAUACUUACAGCCGACAUUGAAAAUACACAAAACUUUUGUGCCGGCAUAAGUGUUGAUUGGAAGUCAUUAACAAUGCCUGCCUCGUUGCCAAUAACAACGGACUACUUUCCUGACAACAUCAGUCUCCAGAAUGACUACGUAGUAUCUGACUACAGCUUACUACCAGACGAGGUGAACAGCGACUACUAUAUGAAGGAAGUAUAUUCCAAACAUAAGAGACCUCCAGUGACUGAAGAUGAGAAAUACUACAGGAAACAGCCACUGAGUACAAAGGAAGUGUUUAAAGAACUCAUUUCCCAGAGACUGGCUCAGGGUUUUCAGUUGAUUACAAUGCUGAAACCAAGUAGUGGUCCACAAAUACUGGGAAGCACCCAGGCUAAUCCAAGGUAUAUCUUGGGCUCAAGCCCACAAAUUUCCCACAUGUCUGGUCUCAUCCGAGCCAGACCCCGGGAGGAGCAGGAUGAGGAGGUGUACCUUAGUAUAGGAAGGAUCUUCCACAAGUUGACGUUGUCUGGACCUACAAUCACUGUGACUAGAUAUAGACCAAGACAUCCCAAUUCACAGAUGUGUUACAGCUACAAGUACAGAUUUCAGGCCCCUGAUUCUUUCCACUACGAUAUUUCCUGGAGUGAGUUCAGAAACGAGAAACUAGAAAACUACAACUGGAACUAUUUAGAUCAGUACAUCUGUACUAGAGGAGAGGGAGACUUUGGUCUUAUGGAUUCUCUAAAGUUCUGGAGAAGCAGAUUCUUCAUAUUACCCUGUUCCAACCAAGCUACAAAGAAGAUUAUUGAUGGAUCUCAAAGGUGUGAUAUAUAUGAAGACAAAACUGCUGUAGAGUUAAAACAAUUGGUGACUGGAUUUACGCGAUAUCUUGAAACUCUCAACAAGAUGAAGAGAACAGCUGUGACAAGAAAAACAAGUUGUUUGCAUAAAGAAUUCCUUGAUGAGAAUCCCCAAGGAAUACCUCAGCCAGAUACAAGACCAGAGUCGGAAAUACUGACAGUAAAUUCACCUUCAGAGAAGAUUGUAAAAUGGAUGUUGGAUCCUGGGUGUGGUAUUCCAAUGUUACCAAAGCAACAUGGUUUACCGACCCAGUGUUUUAUCUCCGCGGAGAUAGUAGACUGGUGCUAUUACCAUGUAAAAGGUGUUAAAGGUGUGAAAACAGCCAUGGAUAUGCUUCAGAGAGUUUAUGAUGAUGGAUAUAUAAUCCAUGCCUCUGGAAGCCCAGGUCAUAAGAUGAUCUAUGGAUUCUACCUGUAUACAUUUGUAUCAAAGGACAAAUCUAAAGAAGAACAAGAGUUGUUCUACAAUCCACUAUUCCAAAAUGAUUGGUGUGAAGUUGCCUUUGUUCCUAUACAAGAAGAUGUUGAUACAACUCUAGUCAAAUUCAGCCUUGAGGAAAGUGACAGAAGUCCCCCAAUUUUUGAUUUCACAUCACCACUAAAGGAAGAUUGGAGAAUUCAGACUGGGUUGAAUAAAACCGGUCAUACAUGGGCUCAGCAGUCAGAGGAGCUGGCCAUGUCAAAUAAAGCUCGGGCCACCUUGUUGCACAAGUAUGUGAAUGUUGAUGUGGAUCCGCAGACUAAGAGUGACAGACCUGAGUGGGCCACAGCUCGGUACCAUGCACACUACAGUCCACACUGUGGAUUUGAGCUCCAGGUUCAGUGGAUGGUUGCCACCGGACAGAUUCUAGGUGACUUGAUCAACAACUGGGCAAGGAAAGCUGGUGUAUGUGGGUUCCAUUUGAUGCCUGUACCAGUUGACCCUUUUGCCCUGCCAACAGCCCCUGACAGUGAUCCCUUGAGGGGACCUAUAUUUGUGCCAUUGAAUGUUGGAUGUAUGGAACCUGCUGGCUCUCUGUUCCAAGGACAUGAUGAGGAUACAAGACAGCAGAAAUUGUUGCAGUUGCAAGAAACAAUAAUAAGAAGGUUUGGCUUUAUGGGAAGUAGUGUCAGUCUUGCAAACAAAUCAUUACUUUCUAAUACUGUAAUGGAAGAGCACCACCAAUAUGUGCACUGCACAGGGGGAAUGUUUGUCAUCAUUGAAGGUACCCAUGCAUCCAGCCCUUCUCCCAUAACCAAGGAGAUGAAAUCAAAUCGGAAAUUUGGGAAUAACGGAAAGGAACAAAGGUCAACAGGAAGUUUAACGCGCAAGUCAACAGCGGAAAUGCGCAAGGACUAUAUCGCCAGGCAAACUAGUCAGACGUUUAAUCAACAAAACUUUGAUAAUGAUCAUGAAGUAGGUUUCCUGUGGUCAUGGAAUUUUAUGUCAUCACGGAGAUGGCGGUCAUCAAAUACAGGAGAUGAACAUUUUCAAGAUAGGAUGCUGAGCGAUUUUAGAGCUUUUUGUUCUAAUGAGGAAGACCGAUUACAAACAUUCUGGAAUGAAUACAAAGAAAAUAACUUUAUUUAGUGCAAUAUUUUAGAUAGGUUGUAUGUCUAUACUACCUACACAGGUUUUAUGUAAAUUGUUUUUAUGCCCUAGAUAUUUAUAUUUGAGGGAACAAGGGCAUUAUCAUAGUGUUAUCUCUGUCAAUAUAAUUAUGUCUUAAGUGUAGGUCAAACUUGUGUGCAUGCAUGUUUGUGUGUGCAGAAAACCAUGUCUGGCUUAGAAGUUUGUAAUGCUUCUUUGGGAUUUCAAAUUUACUCAGUACAAACGAUAAUGUCGCAUGCAAGAUCCGGACCAUCGGCUUAAAUGUUGAGGUCACAUUUGGAGGGCACCUACUUAAGUGAUUUUUUUUGUCCCUUCUUUAAUUUUUGUAUGCACCAAACUUGGCACAAACAUUGGCUUAAAGGUUCUUUAUUUUAAUACUCAAUUGGCAAAGAAUUUUUUUAUGCCAGUAGGGACUUCGAGGUAACUAGACAAAAACGAUCACUAUUAGGAUAUGCUUCAGUGUCUACAUGACAUAAUGUGGUAUCCAUUAUCUAUGGACACAUUUCUAGUUGUGGUAAUUAUUUCUGAAAGGACACACAUAUGAAUAGUUUGAAACAAUACAGAUUAAUGAGAUAGUGUCAGUUCCAGAAAACUAGCCAGUAACUUAGUGAGUUUAAUUUUUAUUGUUAGCUGAGAAAUGGUGUUCAGUUUUUAUACCCCCACAAAACGAAGUUUGGGGGUGUAUAUAGGAGUGAGCUUGGUGGUCGGUCGGUCGGUUGGUUUUUGUGGUUUCCGGAUGAUAACUCAUGAAAGGCUUGACCCAUUUGAAUAAUUUUUGGUACACAGAUGUAACAUCAGAAAAUACAGGUCAGGUUUGAAUUUGGGGUGAAUAGGUCAAAGGUCAAGGUCACCGUGACCCUGAACAGUUAAACAGUUUCCGGAUGAUAACUUGAGAACGCUUGGGCCUAUGAUCAUAUAUUUUGGUACACAGGUGUAACAUCAUGAAAUACAGGUCAAGUUCGACUUUGGGGUCUGUAGGUCAAAGGUCAAGAUCACAGUGACUCAGAACAGUUAAAUGGUUUCCGGAUGAUAACUUGAGAAUGCUUUGGCCUAGGAUAAUAAAUUUUGGUACACAGGUGUAACAUCAUGAAAUACAGGUCAAGUUUGACUUUGAGAUCCUUAGGUCAAAGGUCAAGGUCACAGUGACAUGGAACUGUUAAAUGGUUUCCGGAUGAUAACUUGAAAACAUUUGGGCCUAGGAUCAUAUGUUUUGGUAUACAGAUGUAACAUCAUAAAAUACAGGUCAGGUUUUACUUUGAGGUCAGCAGGUCAAAGGUCAAGGUCACAGUGACUCGUAACAGUUAAACGGUUUCCAGAUGAUAACUUGAGAGGGCUUGGGUCUAGGUUCAUAAAUAUUUGUACACUGGUGUAACAUGCUAAAAUACAGGUCAAGUUUGACUUUGAGGCUAGUAGGUCAAAGGUCAAGGUCAUAAUAACACGAAACAGUUAAACGGUUUCCGCAUGAUAACUUGAGAACGCUUGGGCCUAGGAUCAUGAAAAUUGAUAGUGAGGUUGGUUAUGAUCAACAGAUGACCCCUAAUGAUUUUUGAGGUCAGUAGGUCACAGGUCAAGGUCACAGCGACCCAGAACAUUUAAACAGUUUUCGGACAAUAACAUCAGAACGCUUGGGAAUAGGAUCACGAAACUUAAUCUGAAGGUUGGUCAUGACCAGCAGAUGACCUGUAUUGAUUUAGAGUUCCAAAGGUCAAAGAUCAGAGUGACCCUGAACAUUUAAACCUUUUCAGAGCAAUAACUUGAGAACGCUUGGGCCGAGGAUCAUGAAACUUCACAGCGAGGUUGAUCAUGACCAGCAGAUGACCUCUAUUGAUUUUGAGGUCAGUAGGUCAAAGGUCAAGCAAGUUCAGCUUUGACACUGGCUUAGUUCUGUGACAAGGCCAUAUUGUGGGGGGUAUAAUUCGUCACUCCUGUGACAACUCUAAUUUUUAACUAGUGUAUGUAACAUUUAUGUUGAGUCAUACAAGUUUUCAAUCAAGAUACAAUAGGGUUAUUAUACUAGUAGCGUGAUCUUGGUUGCUGUAUUUGGCUCGAGUGGAUUUUGCAAGAUGGGAUCUCAUGAGGUGCACAAGCGCCGAGUGUGAUCCGUUCUUGCAAAAUCUGUGAGAGCCAAAUACAAAGUCCUAGAUCUAGCUAUUAUUGUAAUGACCCUUUUAUUAUAUACUUCCACCUUUUUGUUUGUUGUUUUGUUAUCGAAAGUAAUCUUCAAAGUUUGACGAUGUUAAAAUAGAAAUGAGUGAAGUUUUUGUGUGUCAGGCCAUUCAUUUUAUUUUCAUUUUAAACGAAAGUAGUCCAGUAGCAUACAAUACAAAAGGUACAAUACAGAAUUUUUUCUGCCUGUUCAUAUAUACUUGUGAGAUACAAGCAGUAUUUUUGACAGAAUUUCAUACAGGUAUCUCGGCGAUAUAUGACCAUUUUGUGUUGAUUUGCCGUAAAACCCAACUCACUCACUCAUAUAGGUAUAUAAUAAAGUAAGUUAUUGUUGUUAGCAGUAUUAGCGAUAAAGACAGUAGUGUAGUAAAGGCCAUACACUGUUAAAUGAUUACUAUAUGUUCCCUUAUUAACAUCAGCCCUAUACUAAAUGCACACCCCAUUCUACACAUAUUUAUGGAAAAUAAAAAAAUUCUAUCAUACCUUUCUGAAAAAAAUCCAGUUUAAACCUGCAAAUAUAGUAAAUUAAUUAAUAUGCAGAAUAAAAAAACAUCUUAUUGUCACAGAGACUUUAGGUCUAUUAAAAAAGUAUUUACAUGUAUCUUGGUUCAGUACACAGUUAUAUAAGUAAUAAAAUGUCUGCAAUUAGAAAUACAGGUAACAUUUCACAAUGAUUAUGACACAGAUUAUUUAUCCAGAACAUUUCUUGAGCUCAAAUAACAAAAUAACUUUUGUUUUUCUUUUGAUUUCAAUUCUAGCUCAUUUGAACUUUGUUCAGGGUGUGUAGCAUCUUUGCAUGGAUGUUCAUCAAACUUGUCCUCCAAACAUGAGCAACUUUGAAUCCUUUUUAUGUAUCUUUUUUAAACAUAUGCUGUGUUUUUCUACACAUUAAAAGUUCCAGAGAAAAGUCCUGUUGCCACUAGCACUGGUGCAUGACUAAUAGUGGACGGGGAACAUCAGAGGCUAUAGCAAAAAACUGUGUAGGAGGAAUGUGUACACCCUGGUUGUAGUAAAAAAAGGUUAUCCUGUAACACAGCUCUGAGAUUAUACUUGUUUACUUUUUAUUGUUUGUUUGUUUUAUUUUGUUGCUUGUUAUAUAUUUGAAAUGAUGUGAAUAAAAAUUGAAAAUGUUUAAGAUA